AUGUCCAUGACCUUCUUCACUUCAACCAGCACGUCCCUCUUCUCCGCAUCCUGGACCCCCACCACCCCGGGCCAAUACGCAGGAACGUGUAUAUUCCUUAUUGCACUUGUAGCUCUGUUCCGCGCCUUGGUUGCUGUCCGUUUCAACUUAUUCGCGGUACUAGCGCAAGCCAAGGGACAGCCAGAGAUUGAAGAUAAAGCAAGACUGGAAAAGAGACGCUGGAGAGCCGAUGAGGCGGUUUGGAUUGCGAGCCUCGAUGUGGUCCUUGCUGGGGUGUCGUAUCUGCUCAUGAUAGCUGUCAUGACAAUGAAUGUGGGAUACUUCAUGUCGGUGCUCGGAGGCGUGUUCCUUGGAAGUCUGAGCUGUGGCAGGUUCAUGGCUAGGACUGCGCCGCAUUGA